GGGUCGUGGCUCUAAACAGUCCACGGACCGCGGCAGGGGGAGCACCGUGGGUCGGUAAAGUGCGGCUUUUAACGCCACGUCGACUAAAACAAACAAAAGUCCAACAAAAACAUUCCUUUCUGUCGGUUCCUCUGUCGCCGUGAGCCAUGCUGGACCCGUCCUCCAGCGAAGACACCGGUGGGGAGUCGGACCCAGAAGUUGUGCAGGAGCCUCCGAGGAAAGCGGCUCCUCCUUCGGCCGGGAAACGAGGGGGCAGCGGCCGAACCGGAGCCGGAGCCGGAGCGGGCGGGCAGCAGAGGCAGACCGCCGCACCUGGAGGCUCCGCCGGGAAAGGUGGCAAAGACGGCAACGCUACAGGUGAAGAGGAGGAGAGGAAGGAACGGGAGCAAAUCCAGGAGGAAGAGGACAGGAAAAUUAAACUGCAGAUUUAUGUUUUCGUCCUGAGGUGCAUUGCGUACCCGUUCAACGCCAAGCAGCCCACGGACAUGGCCCGGAGGCAGCAGAAGGUGAAUAAGCAGCAGCUGCAGGCAGUCAAGGACCGUUUUCUGGCCUUUCUCAAUGGAGAGACACAGAUCGUGGCUGAUGAAGCUUUCUGUAAUGCUGUGAGGAGCUACUACGAGGGCUUCCUAAAGAGCGAACGUGUUUCCAGGAUGGUUCAGAGCGGCGGCUGUUCGGCCAACGACUUCCGUGAAGUCUUCAAGAAGAACAUCGAGCGUCGUGUCCGCAGCCUCCCGGAGAUUGACGGCCUGAGCAAGGAGACAGUGCUGAGCUCCUGGAUCGCCAAGUACGACGCCAUCUACAGGGGCGACGAAGACAUGAGGCGUCAGCCCCAGCGAGCGCACCUGAGUGCAGUGUCAGAGCUGAUCCUCAGCAAAGAGCAGCUGUACGAGAUGUUCCAGCAGAUCCUCGGCAUCCGCAAGUUCGAACACCAGCUGCUGUACAAUGCCUGCCAGUUGGACAAUGUGGAUGAACAGGCAGCUCAGAUCCGCAGAGAGCUGGAUGGGAGGUUGCAGCUGGCUGAGAAGAUUGCUAGGGAAAGGAGAUACCCAAAGUUCAUCUCUGCUGACAUGGAGGCUCUGUACGUGGAGGAGCUGCGGUCUUCAGUCAACCUGCUGAUGGCAAACCUGGAGAGUCUCCCAGUUUCCAAAGGAGGACCUGACUUCAAACAGAAGCUCAAACGCUCCUCCAUGAACAACUCCUUCCUGGACAUGGGAGAUGAAGGAGACAUCCUGUCCAAGUCUGACGUUGUGCUCUCCUUCACUCUGGAGAUUGUGAUUGUGGAGGUCCAGGGCCUGAAGUCUGUGGCUCCAAACCGGAUUGUUUACUGCACCAUGGAGGUGGAGGGGGGAGAGAAGCUGCAGACAGACCAGGCCGAAGCCUCCAGACCGCAGUGGGGGACUCAGGGGGACUUCACCACCACUCACCCCCUUCCUUCAGUCAAAGUCAAGCUGUUUACAGAGAGCACUGGGGUCCUGGCUCUGGAGGACAAGGAGCUGGGCCGGGUGGUCCUGAACCCGACCACCAACGGGCCGAAGCAAGCCGAAUUCCAUCGGAUGGUCGUCCCCAAAAACAGCCAGGACACAGAGCUGAAGAUCAAACUGGCAGUACGCAUGGACAAACCCCCCAACAUGAAGCACAGCGGGUAUGUGUACGCUUUAGGACAGAGGGUUUGGAAACGCUGGAAAAGGAGAUAUUUUGUCCUCGUUCAGGUGAGUCAGUACACGUUCGCCAUGUGCAGCUACAGAGAGAAGAAGGCCGAGCCCCAGGAGCUGAUGCAGCUGGAGGGUUACACGGUCGACUACUGCGACCCUCAGCCAGGUCUGCAGGGUGGUCGGGUGUUCUUUAACGCAGUGAAGGAAGGUGAUCUGGUGAUGUUUGCCUGUGACGAUGAGCAGGACCGGGUGCUGUGGGUCCAGGCCAUGUACCGAGCCACGGGACAGUCCUACAAACCAAUCCCACCGCUGCAGAACAAAACCACAAACUGCAGAGGAGCAAACCAGAAACCAGCGUCUCCCAUCAGUCUGGAUCCGUCCCAGCGUCAGGGCGUGGAGGGGCUGAUCUCUGCUGCUCCAUGUCGGUUUGACCACGCCGCCCUGUUCACCAUUUUACAGAAAAACACACUGCAGCAUCGCAUGAACGAUUCCUUCUCUUGUCUGGGUUGGUUCAGUCCUGGUCAGGUGUUUGUCUUGGAUGAGUACUGCUCUCGGUACGGCGUUCGAGGCUGCCACCGCCACCUGAGUUACCUGAAGGAUCUGAUGGACUACUCAGAGAGCAAUGCCCUGGUGGACCCCACUCUGCUACACUACAGCUACGCUUUCUGCGCCUCCCACGUCCACGGAAACAGGCCUGAUGGGAUGGGCACAGUGACCAUGGACGAGAAGGAGCAGUUUGAAGCCAUCAGAAGUCAACUGAUGUCUCUGCUUGAGAACCAGAUCACACAUUUUAGGUACUGCUUUCCCUUUGGACGACCAGAUGGGGCCCUGAAAGCAACACUUUCCCUGCAGGAACGGGUUUUGAUGAAAGACAUCACCACCCCUGUUCCUCCUGAGGAGAUGAAGAAACUGGUGCAGAAAUGUUUGGAAAAAGCAGCUCAGAUAAACUACAAUCAACUGAUUGAAUACGCUCAGAUUAAAGUUGAUGCUCAGGCAGCUCCAGAGAAAAGACUGGAGGACAUGAUGAGACUCGGGGAACUCUGCAUCGAGGUCCUGCAGCAAAACGAUGAACAUCACUCAGAGGGAAGGGAGGCUUUUUCCUGGUGGCCGGAGGUGAUGGCUGAACACGCCGAAACAUUUCUGUCCUUGUACAGAUCCAACAUGGACGCCGCCCUGCAGGUCCAGCCGGUCGACUCGUGGAACAGUUUCCCACUUUUCCAGCUCCUCAACAAUUUCCUGCGGACUGACCCUCAUCUGAUCAACGGGACCUUCCACAAACACUUGCAGGAACUGUUUGUCCCCCUGGUGGUGCGCUACAUCGACCUGAUGGAGUCGUCCAUCGCCCAGUCCAUCCACCGGGGCUUUGAGCAGGAGACAUGGCAGUCUGUCAAGUCAUUAACUAACAAUCUAGCAAGUGUUCCUCUUCCUAAAGUUCCCAGCCUUCCCCUCACACUGCCGCAGAUGCCCAGCUUUUCUCCGCCCGCCUGGAUGGGACCGCUUAGUGAAAACACCACCUUUCAAGGAAUAAAUCUGCCAGACAUCUUUAACGGCUCAGCCACCUCUGAGGAUUUGUUCUGGAAGCUGGACGCUCUGCAGAUGUUCGUCCUGGACCUUCACUGGCCAGAGCCAGAGUUCGCCAGACAUCUAGAGCAGAGGCUCAAACUGAUGGCCAGCGACAUGAUGGAGGCCUGCGUGAAGAGAACAAAAUCUGCUUUUGAUGCCAAAAUGCAGAAAGCUAGUAAGUCGACUGAUUUCCGGGUGGCGUUGUCUGUCUGCACAAUGUUCAAUGUGUUGAUGGACGCCAAAAAGCAGUGCUCCAAACUCUGCGUCCUGGACACUGGUCAGGAGAUUGACAAACAAUGGCAACAGUACCACUCCAAAAUCGAUGUCCUGAUUGAUGAGACGUUCAAAGAAAUGAUUUCCUCCCUCGUCUCAAAGUUUGCUGCUGUUUUAGACGGCGUCCUCUCCAAACUCUCCAGAUAUGAUGAAGGGACAUUCUUCUCUUCAAUCCUCUCUUUCACAGUGAAAGCAGCCGCCAAAUAUGUGGAGGUUCCAAAACCUGGGAUGGAUCUGGCCGACACCUACAUCACCUUUGUCCGACAGAACCAGGACAUCCUGCGAGAUCGAGUCAAUGAUGAGCUCUACAUCGAGAAAGUGUUUGACCAAUGGUACACAGGCUCCAUGAAGGCGGUGUGUGUUUGGCUGACGGACCGACUGGACCUGCAGCUCCACAUGUACCAGCUGAAGACUCUCAUCAAAAUUGUCAAGAAGACCUACCGUGACUUCAGGCUGCAGGGCGUCCUGGACGGUACGCUCAACAACAAGAGUUACGAGACCAUCUACAACCGCCUGACGGUGGAGGAAGCCACGGUGGCCGUGAAGGCGGGAGACGGUCUGCAGGGCAUCAGCAUGAGAGACAGCGACGAGGAGGACGAUUAAAAACACAGACGCAGACACACACCCUCCAUUUACACACCUGUUACAGCCUGAUUAUCCACAGCAUCCAGGACCUGCAUUACAGCUGAUGUUCCCAGUGCUGCAUUCACACAUAGAGAUAGGUCGACCUGAAACAGCAAAGCAUUGAACUUCAAAACAGCAUGAGUAGAAACCAAUUAAAAAUAAUAAUAUCUAACCACAUCAGUCCUACUGGACAAUGGAGCUGGCUAAUAUAAACAACCUAUGACUCUUUACUCAGUUUUUUCUUUACAUAGUCAUGGAAAAAGAUUUUUAAAAACUAAAAUUAUAAACAGAAAGUGACUCAGUCCAGUCUAGUCAUUGGCUCAGUCUAUGUUUUCAUGGAAACAUAAGCUAGUAAAUUGUUUAUUUCAGACAUUUCCUUCACUGAAUUUUAACCUCCCCACCCCAAAACAAAAAAAUAUAUGUUAUUUGAGGAUAUAAAGAGGCUUCUGGUGCAAAACAAAUCUAAAUACCCCACUUGCCAGGAAAACAUAUUUGCCUACAAACAUGCAUAAUCUCACUUUUUCUGAGCCAGAAAUGCUUCAUCAAUACAUAAAUCAGUACAUAUAAUUCAUAUAUUAUCAAUAUUGUUACACAUGUAGCAUCAGUUUAAUACAGAAAAAUGAGUCACAGUGUAUUGAUUCUAUUUUAACCAAACAAUGAUUGUUUCCUGACACUAAUCAAAGAGUAUUUAUGUUUUUUUCUCAAUCUGAAAUCUUGCAGGAGCUGGGAUGUGAACUUUAUAAACCUACUGGGUCACCCCAACCACAUUUUCUACUGAAGAGAGUCAUGAAUUUAUCAUUUAAUGAUACAUUUAUGCUGAGAUGUCUGUAGUUUCAGAAGCACACAGUGGUAAUGUUUGAUUUGUGUGACUAUAGAUUGAGUUUGAAAUCGCAGCAUUUCCUGUACAUGGUAUCUCAGUCAUCGUCUGCAUGUAGAACCACAGGUUUAAUUCUCUGAAAUACAAGAAAAUGUACUGAGGAGACCCCUUUGAAGAAGUGUGUAGACAGAUGCACACAUCAGCUGUGAUAAAAGGUCUGGAUCAGGUUGCUGCCCCCCCCCCCCCAACCCCUACGUUUAUCAGACCUGUCACAUCAUAAUUAAGCUACAAUGUACAUACAUGAUAAAAACAUAGUACAUGAGUCCGAAUGUACAACAAACAGGAAAUGAAGGUGAGGCGAGGCAUCCAAAAGACGCUCUGACCGGUGCUGAGACACACCUUGUCCUUCCUCUCUCACCUGCAGGACAGGAAGCCCCGCCCCCUCCACAGGCAGCCAUACACCUAUUGAUGUCACUUUGUACAGCAGAGCUACAGCCAACGUCUCCCUCUUAGUUGUCAUCUGCAGUUGUAGCGUCUUAUUUCAAACGGCAAAUUCACCCGAAUCCUAGCUAAAGAUUUUUAUUUUUCCUAGACUGGAUGCUGGAAAUGAAAGGUUCUGUCUGACUGUUUCACCUGUCUGUUUGUUACCCUGCAACCUCAUUAUAUUUACGAAUGUUACUUCAUUCUUUUGUUUCUUUAAAUAAAUGUAUAUUUGGUUGAAUGUUUAAAAACCAUAAUGAACGUCUGAUGCCUCAGUGACAUCACCUAGAGGCAGCUCUGAGUAUUGCACCCCACUGGCCUUAGUUUCUUUAACUUACCUUUGAGGAUAAUUCUGCUUUAAUUCAACUCAGUUCUAAUUCUUGUAUUUUUCUUUAUCUUCAUUUUUCAGGUUGUCCAAAAAAAUUAUUUGUCGAUCAAACUGGAAGUGAGUGCACCUAAAAUUAUACUAAUAAUCCAUCUUUUCACAGGAAACAAGAACUGAAACAAGAACAUUAAUCAGCAGAAUCAGAACUUACAGAAAUUUGCCACAGGCAUGAUUUUCUCAUUAACAACUAAUUCCUGUGUGUGGAUAUUGUAAGAAAUACAAAAAAAAAAAAAAAAAAAAGUCACAUAACCCAUGGUGUGUGUAAUUCAGGGCUUUGUUAAAUGAAAUAUUUAGGUUUGCUCUGGUUAAACAUUUGAGCUUUAAGGUGAAUAACAGGUGAAUAUUUCAUGUCUCCGCAGAUGAACUAGUAGCUAACUAAAGGCAUUGCUUUACUUCCUGAACCGACAUUUGUAGCUGAAACUUACUCCACUAGAGGUAAUUUUGGGAAGUAACACUGCAAAAAUGGUGUAACAUGUAUUUCUAAGAACAAAUCUCUGGACUCUGAGUUCCUUUAAAGAGAUGAGGAUUCAAAUAAAACCACACUCAGUUCAAUUAGUGUCUCACAAAAUUUUGAGGCUGCAGCAAAACUCUGUGUUGUGGAGAAUAAAUGUUCAGAAACACGACUACAUGUUGAUGUAGUCGUACAUCUGCUUCUGUCGUCUGUUCAUUGUGAAUUUUACUGUUGUGAAGAAUAUUUUGCGCUGUAGAGUGAUAUGGUCGUACUGCCUGAUGUGCAUCAUAUCCAACAUCAAUUAAAGUCUAAGAAACAGGAAGAAAAAAAAACCCUGAAACUGGACUUUUUUUAAAAAGAGGAACAGCCUGAAAGAACAUGUUUGUAAUCUUUUUAAUCUGAUCAGAUGUGAGUGAAAGGACUGUUUCACUUCUGUUUCUGUGUUGUUGUUGAAGAAAAAAAAAAAGUUUUACCUCUAAAUUCAGUGUAGAGCUCCUCUUAAACUCUGUGCAAUAGCCUGCUGUUUGUUUUAACUGUCCGAUCUGGUUUGUGUCAGUGCAGUUCAAAGGCCAAAUGGACAAAAUCUAUAUCAGGAGUAUAUUUAUAUUGUCUUAUUGUGCACCUGUUUUGUUCAGGUGUCUUAAGUGUCACUAUUAAAAGUGUUUUUAAAGCA